AUGUCAGUUCGACCGUUCUCGCCGACGGAGUCCUUCGCUUUCCCCAAGCCUCCCGACUCCAACGAUGCAAAUUCGACGGAGUCUGGCUUGGUGGGUGACAAGGACGAGGACAGCCCGUUCUCGGACGAGGCGGCUUCUGGCGAAUCAGGAUACUACUCUACUCGUUCUAUCGCUCCCGGCGAGAAGAUGACCAUCUACAGGCAAUUUGUCCCCACCUUGUCGGACGAGUUGGCGGUAGAGGUCGGAGAGCUUGUUACGGUCGUACAAGCCUACGACGACGGGUGGGCGAAGGUUAGAAAGGAUGGUCAGGAGACUGUGGGGUUGAUACCGUUGGACUGUUUCAGAGCGAAGGGGGAGGAUGUGCCUGCCUUCUUGGCAUCAAAAAGGAUCAGUAGCAUCUAUCUCGGUGUGGCAGUAUGA